UUUCUAAGCAAGGUAUCCAAGAAAUAUUUAGUUAAGCAUCUCGCAUGUGCCAGGCACCAAAUCAAGAACAGAAAAAGCAGGCCCUGCCCUCACGGAGCUUCCCUUUUACUGGGGAAUCUUGCUCGUCCUCGUUCUGGAAGAGAACAUGGUGAUGCCAUGACUUGCCAGUGAAUUGCAGGGUGGUGAAUAAGACUUCAAGUCACGGAGAGCAGAAUUUAUUAAGUUUAAAUUACAUGUGUAACUGACAUCUCGGGCCAAAUAAAGGGUAGACUCCUUUUCCGAGGUGACGUGACACUGUCUGGAAGUAACAGAAGGGAACUAGCCCCAACCGAAACAGGAAGCAAAAACACCCCCUCACAUAUACGAGGAAAGAGAAAAAGCCGCAGAUCGCACUGCGCAUGCUCCGCUUCCCGAUCACGUAUGCGUUUUGCCUUGGCUCCUCUGAUUGGUUGAGCGUCUCCCCCUUCUCUCCAAUCAUCUUCUUCCUCCCUAUCCCACCCUCUGUGAAGAGAAACCUUGUCCCAGCAGGCUGUAACCCUUACCUGUCGCGUCUUCCUGCGGACAGGUGAGCAGGGCGCAGGGGUCAGCCCGAGGGAGAAAGGCGAACCGCAGGGAAGGCUCCUCUUUGGCGCUAACAAGGCUGUGGGGGAAGUGUGUUCGGUGACGGUUACGGCCACGCCCUUCCCCUACGAAGAGGUGGGGGGAAGGUAUAAAGAUGUCUGACAAGACCAAGAAAAAAGUAGCUACCAGAGCUUCAAUUAUUGAGCAGCUAUUGACAGAAAAGAAUUUCCAGGAUCUUGGAGAUCACCUGACUGAACUAGAAACUAUUCACAUGAGUAUAGAGCAUCUCCAAGAGACAGGUGUUGUAAGAGCUGUAUAUAGAGUUUUGAAACAUUGCCCUAUAGUGAUUUUCAAAAAGAAAGCCAAGUGUUUACUUUCCAAGUGGAAAACACUUUACAAAAAUCACUACUUUCAACCAAUGAACAGUUCUGAUUUUUAUCUCGAGGAUAGUAAAGAAAACACUGAACACGUUAGUCUGGUUCAAGAAGAAAAUUCCCCAUAUCCAAGUAAAGAACAAAUAUUAGAUACAGUAAAUUCUAACUCUAUGUCAUCAUCCCAAGAUAAUGCAAAAGGUGUUGAAACAUUUGUGCCAGAAAACAGUGCUGCUCAAGUGGAGGAGCAUUCAGAAGAACAUUUCAUGAAUCAUGACGCUAAAUCCAUUGACAGCAAAUCACCUUGGCAUCAAGAUCCUAUGAGGGCUAAGUGUAUAGAACUUCUUUAUGGAGCUUUAGUUACUUGUGCCACAGACCAGGAGAAAACUGAUCGUUGGCAAAUAUUGGCGAGAGAAAUUGAGGAGUAUGUUUUUGCACUCUAUUCAAAAAAUCUCAAAAAAUACAAAAAUUGCAUCAGAAGCAAAGUGUCAAAUUUGAAGAAUCGAAAAAAUCCUCAUUUACAACAAAAUCUGUUUUCUGGGACCUUAUCUCCAAAAGAAUUUGCUGAAAUGACAAUCAUGGAAAUGGCAAAUGAUGAAUUAAAGCAGUUGAGGGCCUCAUACACAGAGUCUUGUAUACAGGAACAUUAUCUUCCUCAAGUGGUUGAUGGCACACAAACAAAUAAAAUAAAAUGUAGGCGCUGUGAAAAAUUUAAUUGCAAGGUCACCGUGAUUGCCAGAGGAACACUUUUCCUUCCAAGUUGGGUUCGCAGUGCAAAUCCAGAUGAAGAAAUGAUGACCUAUGUCAUUUGUAACGAAUGUGGAGAACAGUGGUAUCACAGCAAGUGGAUUUGCACGUGAUUGUGAAGAAACGUUAACAUUUUUGAAUAAAGAUAAUUUUUGUUUA